AUGACGCUGCUGCGACAGCUGUUGAUCAGGGGCUUGCCUCCAGACUUCAGCUUCCGUGGCCGGCCUUUGCUGCACCGCGCCUGCGAGUCAGGGGACCUCCCCUUGGUGGAGAUGCUCUUCGCCUGUGGCGCCGACCUGCAUGCCCGCGGCGGUGACGAGAUGAGUUUGCCGAUUGAGGUGGCAGCGUGGUGUGGGCAGCGGCAGAUUCUGCGGCUGCUGCUGAGCAAUGGCUCCUGCUUCGGUCGCUCGCUUCACCUGGCGGCCAUGGCUGGCCAAUUGGAGGUGGCGCAGGCCUUGCUCGCCGCCAGCUGCCCUCCCUUCGUGCGGGUGGAGGGAAUCACCGCACUGGACUUGGCCAUUGCCGCGUGUCAGACCGGGAUCGUGACCUUGCUGCUGCAGAACCCCGCCUUGCUGAAAGCAAACGCUGGGGCCGAGGAGAAGCUCUCCUCACAGGCCAUUGGCCGCUGGGGGUUGCAGGCUCGCAGCCGACGCUUGCACCUGGCGGCCAAGCUGGGCGGACCCAGAGGCGCCAUCCUGGACGCGCUGCUGGAUCAGGGGGGCGAGGGCAAGCAGAAGGAAUGGUGGGCGGUGCUGGAAACGGAGGACGGCCAGUCCCCGCUGGACGUCGCCGCGCUGCCGGCGAGGCUGCAGCUGAGGCCAUCCUGCACGGACAUUUGGUCCUUGCUGCUGCGGCACUGGUCCGAUGAGACCCUGGAGCCGCAAGUGCGCGCACUUCUGGAGGCCAAAGCGGACCCGACGAAGUGUGCGGGGGCGGCCGGCUGGACGCCGCUGCUGCUUUGCGCCAUGGCGGACAGGCGCGAGCUGUGCCAGUUGCUGCUGCAAUUCGGCGCCGAUCCAUUUCAGGCGGGACCGCGCGGCCGGACAGCCAUGCUAUGGGCAGACUGGUACAACGCCAGCGGCGCCCUGGCGCUGCUGAAGACGGAGGGCCGCCGGGAGCGGAAGGACGACCGCGAGGGGCUGAAGCGGCUCCAGACCGCCUCCAAGGAUGAGCUGGCCGCCCCCUUGGUGGCGCCCUUGGCCCCCGAGGAGCUGCCAGUGGCCAUGGGCUUCCCAGGCCGCGCCUUCCGCGCUCUGGCGGCUUCCGCGCUGCCGCGCCAGGGAGAGAUCUGGGAGCCCGCGCCCGUGAGCGCCCGCGUCGGCGGCAAGAUGUGGUUCGGGGAGGAUGUAGAGCAGCCGGAGGAGCCCUUGCAGGACAUUCUCAGCAAGGUGGAUGUCGGUCCCGUGGGAGAGUUCGGCAGUAUGAAGUCUCUGGUGGCUGCUGCACGGCUGCUGGUGCAGGCCAAGAUCGCUGGAGGAUCUCCGGCCGAGACAGCGCCGGGCGCCUUUGCGCUCUUUGCCUUGACGCUGCUCGGAGCUCAGCAGCUGGUCGAGGGCCAGCCAUGGGCGGACGCGCUGCUCCAAAGCGCUGCCUGCGCUUGGCGGGAGCUGCCAGCAGAGCGCUCGGUGGUUUUCCGUGCAGUUCGCCUGAAAGGCGAAGACCUCUCAGCGUACAGGCGCCAGCUGGAGCUGCUAGCGGAAAGGCGCCCGGUGAGUUGGCCCUGCCUCACAUACGGCACCCUGGACCGGCGCCUCGCGAUGGCCUACUUGGAGGAUUGGGAGGACGCAGCGUUGGUCUUCAAGAUCUACUGCCUCACCGCCAGAAGGAUACACGAGUUCUCUUGGCUGGCCGGCGAGAAUGAGCACCCCGUCCUCCAAGAGUCGCUGAUUGCCCCAGGCACUCAGUUCGAGUCCCGCGGCAUCUUCGAGCUUUCAGACGUCACCUUGCGCCGCCGCCUCAGCCAAAUCCGCGCACCACGCGCGGCACGGCACGAGCCGCAGCGCAGGAAUCUGUUUGAAGAGGG